UCAAAUUUUCUCUUGAAUCACACACACAGAGGAAACCCAAACAACAACAAGAAGAAGAACGACGACCAUGGAAUCCGAUACCCGCGACGGCGGUAUCACCGGCACCGCCGCCACAUGGAGCUCUGCAACAAACUGGACCGCCGUCCAUGGCACUCUCGUAAAUACGAUCACUUUCGACUCUUCUCUUUCUCCGAUCGACGGCCACGACGAGACCAUCGACCUCAAUUCCGUCGCUAAUCGUCCUCUUAUUCUGAGACCUUAUGCACUGGACGCCGGUCCCUGUGAGAUCACCGUUACUUUUACACAGAAACAUGAGGUCCAGCAGAUUUAUGUUAAGAGCACGGCUCGAGUCUAUGAGAUAUAUUAUGAAUCGGAUCUGCAGAGCGGCAAAGAAUAUCUCUGUACUGUUCGGUGUGGCAUUGCUGCUAGAGACGUGGAUAGUGAGGAAGCUCUUUCCCCAAAUUUGAAGGGAGCUCAUGAUAACCCAUUGCAGGAAAACUUAAGAAAUGACGGCAAUCGGACUAGCAGCGAAGAUGAAUGGGUUGACGUUAGAGUCCCAGAUGGCAAGAAGGAUAAUUCGUUGCCAUUGAUGACACAGGAUUACUACGAGGCGACAGCACAGAUUAGUGAUGCACAUCCUUGUAGGUCCCUUACGAUCCGUCUGCUCUCAGUUCAAAGUAAGGAUAGUGUUUAUAUUGAUGAGGUCUAUGUGUUUGCUGAUCCUGUUGACUCAACUGACUCGGAAAAUCAAGCGAAUAAGAUGGAAAACUCCAGUGGAAAUCCUCUUAUGGCAAUGUUGUUGCCUACCCUUUUGCAAAUGUCUAAAACAAAAGGCAUCAGCGCCAUCAGAACCCAAGAUAAACAUACUUCUGAGGCCUCUAGAACACAGAAUUUCAUAGAGAGUACAUCAGAAGCAACUUGUUCUACCAACUGUGCGACUAAAAUUCAGCAGGAACGAAAUUCCAGCAUUGCUCAUCACGGAAAAAUGGAGUUGCAGGACGUGAAUACCGCUGGUACAAAUGCUUCCCAGUUACAAAGGCCCCCACAAGUUUCUCUUGGAGAAAGCAAGGCUGAUAGCCUUCCUCCAAAUGAUCGCGUUGAACGAGCACUAGACCAACUCUUUUCCCGAAUGGGCAGAAUAGAGGAUCUAUUUUUAAGAUUCGAAGACAACUUGCUAAAGCCUAUAAGUAGCAUCGAGGCAAGGCUCCUGAGGGUAGAGCAGCAACUUGAAGUCCUCACCAACAAGCAGAAGGACUGUGAACCGCGACUUUACUCGAGAUUUUGCGCUCCUAACUUUUCAUCUGUCCAAUCUGAUUCCAACUCUUUCUAUCAUAGCGAAACUGAUUAUCCCCGUUGUGAGGAAUUUGGAUCUAAUAUUAAGAGUUUUCAUUAUGAUGCGCAGACCAUGAAUACUCAAACCAACCAAGCUGAUGAUGUAUCUGAUUCUGUGAAUACUACCCAGUUGCUUCCAAGCCUUGUAGUUACCGCUCCUGAGUUUUUGAAUUUUGAUGAUGAGGAAGAAAACCAAGAAUCAGAUAGAAUCACCGAGUCUUCAGCGGAUAAACCAAGAAACGCGAUAACAGUUGAUGAUGCUUUAGCAUCUGCACUUGCUGGAUUUGUAUCUUCAAUUUCAAGCCAACCACAAAAUCAUAUUCCAAGUCUUUCAGUCAAAGCGCCUGAAUUUUCAAAUGAAGAAGAAGAUACUGAAGUCGGCGCAGAGGCUUCACCAAGAGAUCAACAUGAGAUAAGAACCGAUGGAGCGGAGAACAUAAAUGGCUCACUAUCACAUGCAUCCUGUCCUUCUUUAGAUGGCAAAAAGAAAGUGGAAAAAUCUCUCAAUGAUGAUCAAUCAGAGGAAACAGCCGAAGAAGUCAAAGCUCCUGAAUUUUCAAAUGAAGAAGAAGAUACUGAAGUCGGCGCAGAGGCUUCACCAAGAGAUCAACAUGAGAUAAGAACCGAUGGAGCGGAGAACAUAAAUGGGUCACUAUCACAUGCAUCCUGUCUUUCUUUAGAUGGCAAAAAGAAAGUGGAAAAAUCUCUCAAUGAUGAUCCAUCGGAGGCAACAGCCGAAGAAGUUGGUGGACGGUACCAGCAGUUUGAGGGAGGAGAGGAUGAUCAACCUUCUGGCAGGCCUAUAAAUAAGAAUGAUGAACAAGCUGAUGAUGACAAGGCUGGUGCUCAAAAUUUUGAGAGAGCAGUAGAGAUAGAGGGUGCAGAAGUUAGCACCGAAGCAAACAGCGGUCUGGUCCACAAUAAGACUGACGUUCAGUAUCAGUGGUUCCUAAAUCAGACAGAUGCUACUGGCUCUCAUACAACAAAGAAUGAUGCUACAUCAAUCGCUGAUUCAAUCACUGAAGCUGAAAACACGAAAGCAGAGUCUGACAACAAGGAUCAAGGCAUUUUGCGCAAUAUUUUGGAAUCUUCGUGUACCACUGCUUCUGUGGUGGAUUUUGAAUCGCCAGUCCUGGAUGUCAAAUUUAUCUCUCAGAGCAGUCACAGCAGCAACUUUACCCUUGAAGCCCUUUUGUCUGACUCGCCGGAGUCCAAGUUCGAAGGAGCAACUUGUGCGGAGGAAAGUCAUAGUACGACCCCAAGCGAUGAGCAUGGUGACUUAAUCUCAGUGGAGGAUGGGGAAGAACCACUUGGUCUUGUCACUAACAACCAAAUAUAUGUGGAUUUUGACUACUGUAGUCUACCGCAAGAACAUUGGAGCGGUGAGGGUGAAACUCCAAUGGCUUCUAGUAGUAUUUCCUCCUGCAGCCAUGAAACCUUCCCAACAAGUCUCAUUUGAUGAGGUGCCUCUUUCUACUUGCUUUUUAUAAAUCUGUACAUAAGUCUGGUGAUGGUCUAUACUUUUGUAUGUGCUAAUUGUCCUUUCAUUCGCAGUUGCGUUUAGAGAAAUUCGAAGUGACUUAACAUGCCCAAAAUGUUCAAACUACUACAUUUCUGACUACUCUAGAUGCUUUUAAUAUGUGAACCGUCCGUAUUCUUCUGUUCGUUUUAUAUGUUUAUAUUAAUUCGUUUGGAACCACACAUCCAAUAUUUACAAUUGCAAAAAUAAGAUAAGUUUGUUUGUAAUAAAAGUUUAUUAGUGCUAGUAUUUCCUACA